AUGCACGAGUCGUCUCAUAUUUUGAUGUCUCAUCAUUUUUUUCUGUCGGUCACAUGGUUACAGGUCCUCUUCAGCAUCAAUUUUUCAUUCUUCUCGUUUAACCACGGCAAGGCGUUGCCUGUUAUUUUGCGCACCCAUUCGAAGCUAUCAGAAAUGGUUCGAACAAUAGAUCUUUUAAACAGUGACUUUACAGUCCACAUCGACAGAACCAGCGGGGCCAUCCUGGAGAUUGUGGACCCUGCCUCAGAUAAUCCACUCAACUGGAUCAGCUCUCCAGCAAACGCCCCAUGGCAGCCUCUGGGAAGCCGCUGGGGUCUUGGGUUCGCGGACCUCGGUCCCAAUCUGCUCCAUCGCGUCCACUGGAACAAUCCACACAUCGAGUCAUCUAACGGCCAUGAUGCUACACUGGCCGAAUAUUGUUACGGCCCGCUUGAUCUCCGCGUUAACCGCCGUCUUGACAGUCAUACUAGGUCCUUCACAGAGACAUACGAGUUUACCAACAGGGGAACCUCACCUUUGAACCUGGCCGCGAAGGGAGUGACGUCCUUAGCAAUAUAUACGCCUUUCAACGAUCAUUACACCAACACGACAGAUGCUCUGCAAGCACGGACACAUGCCCACGUAUGGGCGCACGGCGGGAGUUCAUCAUGGGUGAAACUGAGCCAAAUGGGGGGUCAUGGCCGUGAUUUGGGCCUGGUUCUGACCAAGGGCUCAUUAUCGGGGUACAGUAUCGAGUCCCGAGAUGAGGUUACUCAUUCAAAUACUCGUGGCGUUUUUCUUCUUCAUCCGUCGAUCCCGAUACUUGAACCCGGCGACUCUAGCAUCAUUGAAUGGACCUUUUUCUGGCACACCGGCUGGAACGACUUCUUUUCACAAUGUGCUCGCCGCUCCAGUCAGUUCAUUCACUUCAGCAUCCCAAAACACACCCUUGUCAGCGGCGAAAGUAUAGCAAUUCGAAUGAGAGGCAGCCCUGAAGCCGUCAACUCGACGACCAAAGUCAAUGGAAAACCGGUUCGGCGGCUUAGCGAAGGGUUCAGUUAUGUUCAUGAUGCAGAGCAGUUCGGCGAGAAGACGUUACGCAUUUCGACCGGCACGGGGAGCGACCUCCGAGAAUCCCUCGUCUUUCUCAACACCGUCCCACAGUACGACGAGCUAAUCAAGAGUCGAAUACAAUUCAUCGUUGACAAGCAACAAGUCACAAACCCUUCUGACUUUCUCCACGGCGCUUACAUCGUCUACGACAACCAAGCAGAAGCGCCGCCCUUUUAUGAAACGCAACAGGAUCGUAACGCGGGCCGUGAGCGUGUUGGUAUGGGCGUUCUCAUUGGAAGAUGGCUGAAAAAGAACCCGAGCAGUAGCUUGCAAGAGUCCUUUUCAGCCUACUACUCCUUCGUCUGCACGAAGCUUCAGGGCAAAGAUGGGUGGGUGUAUGACGCACCCGUUGGAACUGGUACCAGUAGUCGGAAACGCCUUUAUAACUGGCCUUGGGUUCUCCAACUUCAUUUGGUGGCUUCAUCCAUCGGCGUUCCCGCGCUGUCUGGCAAAACUCCGCUCGAAAGGUUCAUGUUGACUCUAGAGAGCUUCUACGCUGAAGGCGGGGCAUCACUUUAUGCUAUUGGUCUGCCUAUCCUUGAGGGCCUUCGGACUCUUGAAUCGUCUGGUGACAAGAAGUCAUUUGAACGGGCAAAGGCCUUAUUCGUUAAGCAUGGCGAGAACAUUCUUGAACGAGGUACAAAUUAUCCUCCUUUUGAGGUUAAUUUUGAGCAGUCCAUCGUGGCUCCUGCAGCCAUCAUCUUAAUUGAGCUGUACCGAUUCACUGGUGACAAGACUUGGUUUGAGGCAGCAAAGUCACAAGUUGAAGUCCUCCUUCGCUUCGCCGGAAAACAGCCCGACUACCGGGUUCACGAUGUUGCCAUUCGGCAUUGGGAUGGUCACUGGUUCGGAAAAGAUCGCAUGUGGGGUGACACUUUCCCCCAUUACUGGAGCACGCUGAAUGCUAUCGCGUUGCACCAUUACAGUAAGGUGACCGGCGACCCUACGUUCGAGAGGCAGGCGGAUGGUAUCAUCCGGGCGAACAUGGCUCUCUUUACUCCCGAAGGUAGGGGUUCCUGUGCUUGGAUUUACCCCACGUCGGUUAACGGACGAGCUGGACACUACAAGGAUCCGUACGCCAAUGACCAAGAUUGGGCCCUAGCACACCUGCUGCAGAUAGAAGAGGACAACAACCUCAGCGGUUAG